GAGUGUUUGGGAAGGCAGAGAGGGAAUUCCUGGUGUUUGGGGGCUAAAUUUGGGGCUUUUUUCCACAGGUACUGAACUAAAUACACCGUCGACAUGUUCUCCAAGGCCAAGAUAAAGAGAUUCAAUGAGGAAGUCGGAUGUGCGCCACCACCCACCGCCUACAACCCCAAGCUGGAGAAGAAGGUGGCCGCUGCUGUGUCCCUCGACAAGUCCGACAGAUGGAAGGGGCAUGGAGAGGACACACCAGGCCCAGGAGCUUACACCACCACCUCCACCUCUUCCUCCACCUCCUCCCCGAAGAAGAAGAUGGCCUCCUCCUCUUCUGCUGGCCGCCUGAACUCCUCCACCUGCUCCAAUCUGUCCUCUGGGUCCAGCAGUGGCUUCUUUGUCAGUCCGAUGCCUCCCGCCCGCUUUGCAUCAGUGGGGCGGGGCGGGGCAGGAGGGAAGGAUGUGGAGCUGCAGGGACGCAUUAGAGAGCUGACACAGGAGAGGGACCAACUUAAGACUGAUAUUGCAACACUCAAGCUUAGACUUCGUGAUCUUGAGAGGGCGCACAGGAGACAAGUGUCUGACGCUGGGACUGACACAGCUGAGGUGUUCCUGCCGUCGCUGACCAGUGAGGGAAGCCAGACUGAUGAGGCGUGUGUUGGGACGUCACAGGAUGCUGGUGAAGACACACCACCACCACCACCACCACCAUCGCCGUCCUCCACCACAGCAUUGCGUAAGGCACUGAGCACCACACAGGAGGAGCUGCAGGAGGCACAGCACACAAUCUCACGCCUUACUGGUGAACACAGCAACUUGCAGCACAGACUGGAGCAGCUGCAGGAACAGCCACAGCAAGGCCCCCUCGACCCAGCACUCCUGAAGGAACAGCUGGACCACUUGACACAGCUGCGGGACAACCUGGAGGCCACACUGCUGCAGAAGGAGGACCUCAUUGCUGAACUGAGGCUUCAGCUGGACGAGGUGGUGGCGGAGGGCAACCACACACAACAGCAGCUCCAGGUGACGCUGAGUGAGAGCCGCAGCCUGAGGGAGGAGGCGGAGGGGCGGGUGCAUGACUUGGUGGCGCGGUACGAGGCGUUGGCGCGACAGCACGGCCAGGAGAGGGAGCAGCACAAGGAGGAACUGGCCAAGAGGGACAUUGAGAUUGAACUGUUAAAUGGAAGCCUCAGUAACCUCAAUAGCAAGGUGUCAGAGUAUGAGGAGACAUUGACAGGGCUGCAGGAGGAGGUGAUGCAGCGCACUCACCGCAUCUCACAGCUCGAGGAGUCUGUGCAGGACCUCACCACACUCAGGAGGGACAGAGACUUGAAGGAGGAGGAACUCUCACUUAAAACUAAAGAGAUGGUACAGAUGGAGGAGACGCUGGAGGAGGUGGAGGGGGAGUGGAAGGGCCUUCUCUCCACGUUGGAGGAGGAGAGGGAGCACAUGAAGAAGCUGAGUGCGAAGGUUCACAAGAUGGAGAUGGAGCUCAAGGAAAAGGAGGUGCUGCAGCAGUUUCUGGAGAAGGAGAUUACUGCCAGGGAGGAGGAGAUCCGGCAGUCGUCGUUGAGGGUGCAGGAGGUGGAGGGUGAGCUGGAGACAGUGAGACGUGUGGCCCUCGACCUUCAGGAGGAGGCUGAGGUCAAACUGAAUGAGGUGCUUGCCCUCAAGGCCUCUGUCACUGCCAAGGACCAACACCUGGAGACUCAGAGUGACCUUAUCUCCACCCUGCAGCAGGAGGUGAGCCAGAAAGCUAACGAGACUAUCACGCUGCAGGAGAAGUUUGCAGCGCAGGUGGGCACAACUUCAAAGGUGGAGGAGGACCUGGAGGAGAAGACUAAGGAGAUCAAGAGACUGGAGGAGGAAGUCUGUAACCUGAAGAGGAGCCUGAUGGAGAAGGAGGAAAGAUCAAGCCAGGUGGAGGAAAGCAACCAUCAGCUGGAGGAAAGAGUGGUGGAGCUGAUGGGGGAGAUUAGCGACAGGGAGGCCCAGUUUGUGCUCAGGGUGAGCGGCAUGGAGGGUGAGAUGGACGAGCUCAGUGUGAAGUACUCCGAGGCAUUGCUGGAGCACGAGGCAACACGGCGGGUGCUGGGCCAGGCCUCGGAGGAGCUGUCCCGGGAGGCACUGGUGAGGGCGGCUGCGGAGAGGCAAGCGCAGGACCUCAGGCAGCGGCUGGAUGACACGCUGGCGGAGAAGGAGGCUGAUGAUGCACACAUGAAGGAUCUCGUGAGGAAGUACACUAAUCUGGAGGACGCUUUGGCAUGUGAGGAGGCGGAGAACAGAGACCUGGAGGAGCGGCUGGAGGAGGCAAGAGCAGCGACGGCAGCGGUGAGGUCUGAGCUGACGGCCACACAGACUGCCACCGAUGGAUUCAAGACUCAGAUCACACAGCUUAAGAUUGACAUGCGGAAGAAGUGUGAUGCUGUGGAGGAGAUGCAGCAGUGUAUUGAAACGCUGAGGGAGGAAAAACAGCAUCUUUCCUCCGUCCGAGACAACCUGGAGGAAAGUGUCUCCGCCCUCCACCUCCAGGCUGCCUCCAGCGAGAGGGAGGCGGAGGAGGAGCGUGUCACUUUCCGCUCCAGAAUUGCCGACUUGGAGAACCACUUGAAGGAGGCGGAGGAGGAGGUGGAGAAGGAGAAGGAGAAGGCUGUGAAGGUCAAGGAGGAGCUGGUACAGGUGGAGGAGCAGCUGAGGGAGGUGGAGCAGAGGGAGAGGGAGCAGGUGGAGCGUGUGAGCCAGCUGAGUGGAAGGGUGGAGGAGCUCGAGGCUGACUGUGGUGGAUACAAAGAUCAGCUGAGGAAUCUUGAGACAUCGCUACAAGACAAGACAGCUGAACUGGAGGUCCACCACCAGGAGACCACCUCAGUGUUGCAGACCACUGCCAACACACUGCGCCAGGAGGUACAACGCUCACCACCUCCCUCACCACCACCACCUCUCAACUCCAAUCCCUCAGAGCUACACUGGCAGAGAAAGAUGAGGAGGUGGACAGAUUGGUCUACACUGGCGGAGGUGAACAGAUUGGUAAAGGAGGCGGAGGAGAGGAAAGGAGACCAAGAGACGAUUGAAAGACUGGAGGGCGAACUGAUGGAGGUGAAGGAAGCACUGGCCAGGCUGGAGGCGGAGCAGGAGGACUCGGAGGCGCUGAGGAAGGACAUGGAGGAGUGGAAGAAGAAGUGCCUCCACCUUGAGAACAUGGUGGAGCCCUUCAGGGCCCAGCUGGAUGCAUAUGAAGUAGAGAAGAAUGGACUGUUGGAGCAGAGCAGUGCAGCAAAGGAUGAGGUGGACAAGCUGAGCCAAAGGUACGCCACACUGCUCGGCCACCAGAACCACAAGCAGAAGAUCCACCAUGUCAGGCAACUCAAAGCAGACAACAACCAGCUGAAAGAGGAGGUGCACAAGUUACGUCAGGAGGCAGAGAGGCAGCGCAAGACAGUGAGGCGUUUGGAGGACAAGCUGGUGAAGGCUGCCGGGUCCACUUCCUCUUCCUCAAAGCACGGGGACACUUCAAGACUCUAUGCUGGGGACAAGGAGAACACAGCCUCCUCCUCCUCCUUCUUUGAUCCUCCCAGCCUUUCCUCCACUCCUUUGAGGCCAAGUAAUAGACCACAGAGACUUUAAGGAGAGAAAGAGAGAUUUCCAGCCUCUUCUUCACUUCUCUUAAGGCCAAAUAACAGACCACAGGCUUUAAAGGGAGGUAAAAGAGGUAGUUUGGUGUGUUUCUGUCUCUGUGAGUUUAAGGAGAGGUAGUGGAGGUAGUUUGGUGUGUUUCUGUGACUUUGAGAGGUUAAAGAAGUAGUUUGGUGUGUUUCUGUGUCUGAGUUUGUCUAAGUUGUAGAGACCUUGAGAAGAGACACAUUUCCAGCCUCUUCCACUUUUCUGAGGCCAAGUAACAGACCACAGAGACUUUAGAGAGAGAUAAAGAGAUAGUUUGGUGUGUUUCUGUGACUUUGUGAGUUUUUUAGGUUGUGUAGACUGUAAGGGAGAGAUAAAGAGAUGAUUUCCAGUUUCUGUAUUUUUUUUUUAUGAGGAGAGAUAGAGAUAAUUUCCAGCUUCUGUGUCAUAUUAAGCAUUUUUUGUGUAAUAGAGUUUAAGGAGAUUGAGAGAUGUGGUGUGUUUCUGUGGCACUUUAUGCAUUUUUUAAGGUAGAGAUUUUAAGGAGAUGUAAAGAGAUAGUUUGGUGUGUUCUGUAUCAUUGUGAGCAUUUUAAGAAGAGAUAGAGAUAAUUUGAUGUCUUUUGGGGUUAGUUUCAUUUUUUUUAGGCUGCAGAGAGAGAGAGAGAGAGAGAGAGAGUCAGUCAUUUCAUGUGUCUGUGUUAGAAUAGUUUUCAAGAGAGAUUUUGAGUGGAGUGUGAGAGUCAGAGAAAUAGUCAUAUGAUGCAUUUUGUGUGGUUGUAGUGUGUAGAGAUGGUGGUGAGAGAGAGAGAGAGAGAGAGAGAGAGAGUCAUUUAUUCAGUUUUGUGUUGGUUUCAGUUUGAUUUGAUUAGGUAAAAGAGAGAGAGAGAGAGAGAGAGAGAGAGUCAUUUCAUCAGUGUUUUGUGUUGGUUUAUUUUAUUUUAAGAUGAUAACUUAAUUUUUUGUUAUUUAUUUCUU